AUGGACGGUUGCGGGAGUCCGGCGGGAAAGAGAAGGAUCAUGGUGGUCGCCGACCCGGGCCGGGAGUCGGCCGCGGCGCUCGAGUGGGCGCUCUACCACGCGGUUCUCGAGCACGACGACAUCAUCCUGCUGCACGUCGAGCCGGUGAGCGCGCGGCGCGCCUCCGCGCUCUCCUCCUUCCUCUCUCGUCCGCCCUCGGCGGUGUCACCGGUGCUGUUUCCUCAGGCCGCCGUCGCCGCGGCCGUGGGGGCGGGCGACGGGUGCGGCGACUAUGAGUUCCUGGACGCGAUGAGGGCGAGGUGCCAGGCGGUGCAGCCGACGGUGAGGGUGCAGAUCGAGAGGGUGGAGAUGGAGAGCAAGGACAAAGCGGCCGCCAUUCUCACGCAGACGCAGCUGUCCCGGGCCGACCUCCUCGUCAUCGGUCAGCGCCGGAACGCCACCUCCUUCUUGGGCUGCAAGCUCAGUGGAAGCAUGUCGAGUAAAGGGCCGGACACGGCAGAGUUCCUGAUCGAGAACAGCAAGUGCCUGUGUGUUGGUGUCCAAAAGAAGGGCCAAACCGCAGGCUAUCUCCUCAACACCAAGACUCACAAGAACUUCUGGCUUCUUGCUUAGAACUCAUCCAUGGAUGGAGUCGUGGAAGUCAAUGAGCAGGUGAAGCAUAGGAAGCUUAAGACAUG